AAUUUACAAGACUCUAUUUUAAAAGACUAGGCAUUAGAGUCUACAUCUAACUAGACUAGCACUAGACUUAGAUCUAGAUCUGGUCUAGAUAAUAUGACUAUUAUUUAUAGUUCUAGAGUUUUAUCUAAAAGGCCUAUAUCUAUAAUCUAUAUCUAAAUAAAACAUUUAGACCUCUAAAUAGAAUCAUGUUAUCUUCGCUGUUUUAAUAUUAUAUUUAAUUAGAUUAUUAGUUAUUUAGGUUUAUUUAACUUAAAGAAAGUUUAUCUGAAUAUCUCAGACGUCUCACUCAGUAUCUUUCAUUCAAACUUUGACUUCAACUUCCUCAGUCAAGGCAGUCAAGCAAGAGUCAAGUUACUGUUUUAGUCAUACUAAUAAAUACUAGUCUAUCUAGAUCUAUACUCUUACAGUCAUAGUAUCAUUUAUAGAAUAAUAAUCUAGAUAUAUAAAUAAUCUAAUAGACUCUAGUACUCUGGACUCAUGCACUCAACUGACAUCAAUCAUCAUCAUCAUGCUCAUUAAGUUAACUGGAAAGACCUAACUUUUAUUUUUAAACUAAAAUAGUACAGUCAGUAGAUUUUUACUUUACCUCAAGCCCUGUAGUGGCUGUAGAGUGUAGACUAGAACUUGACUAACUUGAGUCUAGACUUAAGACUAGAAUACUAGAUUCUAUAUUUAGAUAUUAGAGUAAAGUCAAAGAUGCCAGACAUUGAAUUACAGCACAUUGUUUCUUGUAGCAGUGCAGACAAAAAUAAUCCUGCUGAGAACUUAUUGAAACCUGAUGGAAGCUAUAAAUGGAAGAGCACUACAGCAGGAGAAAAAAGUAUUUCAUGCAUAAUACAGCUCAGCAAAUCGUCUCAGAUACAUUCUAUUGAUAUUGGCAAUGAAGGUUCAGCUUUUGUUGAAAUUUUGGUUGGGAAAGCCACUGCUACAGAUGAUAAGGACUUUGAAGUAUUACUUGUAGCAUCAUCAUUUAUGAGUCCGCUGGAAAGCCGAAAUGAAACUAAUAAAACAUCUGUCAGAAUGUUUGGACCAGAUGAUCUGAACAAACAAACUGCCAACCAGUCUUGGGACAGAAUUAAAAUUGUUUGCUCACAGCCUUUCUCCAAGUUAUUCCAGUAUGGACUUUCAUUUAUAAAAUUUCGCUCACUGCCUUUAAAGGAAAAUGAAGAACCAAAAGUGAAGAAACUUGGUGCAUUCACAAUCAAUGAAGAUGAUGAUUCUGAUGACAUUCACAUUGGCUCAAUAUUUGCCAACAGACUCAACAAAACACUUCCACUAACUCCUAAAGCAGGGGCAGCUAUAAGACUGGCCAGCAAACAUCCAGAAGACUUGAUUAAGACAUCACUAGAUGAAGUGGGAAAGAAGAGACCAGCAGAAUCUCCACCAUUAACUACUCCGCUAGCUAAAACGCCAAAACAAGAAAAUAUUAAACCAAAAGAUGACAGUGAUAAAGAAGCUCAACCAGUAACACUUAAAAGACAGUCCACAAGUUUGAGUUCUGUGGCCAGCUCUACAUCCGUUUCCAGUUCAGAAAAGACAACAUUGAAAAGAACAAAUACUGAACCCAACAAAGCUUCAUCUUCUAAAACCUUUAGAAAAAUUAUGGAAAGUGUUGUAUUUGUGCUAAGUGGCUUUGAGAAUCCAGGUAGAGGUCAGCUGCGAGACAUGGCAUUAGAAAUGGGAGCCAAGUAUAGGCCAGACUGGGGCAAGGGAUGCACACAUCUUGUAUGUGCUUUUCCAAACACUCCCAAAUACCAACAAGUUGCAGGAAAAGGCAAGAUAGUGACUAAAGCUUGGAUAAAGGACUGCUACAAUCAGAAAAAAUUAUUACCAUGGCGGGGUUAUCGUUUAGGAAAAGCACCAUCCCCCCCUACAAGCAGCGAUGAAGAAGAUGAACCUCCUGUAGCAGUUCAUAAACCAAGUACUACAACCAGCAAAGAAACUUUAAAGAAAGAUAUUCAAAAAGAUAAUUCUUCACCUAAAAACUCUGAUUCUGAAUCUGAAAGUGAUAAAGUAAAAAAAAAUUCAAAAGUUACAGAAAAAAAAGAUAAAUCACCAGCUGAGAUGAAAAAAACAAUAACUUCUAGUGCAAUUAAAGAGGAUGAUCCGUUUGCUAGAUCAACUGAUGAAGAAGAUGAUGGAGAUGAAAGUACACAAAAUAAUUCUACUGCACAUAACAUUGAUGACAAUAUUGACUCAGGACUGCCAGAUUUACCAGAUUUUUUUACUGACAAAGUAUUUUUCUUCUAUGGAGAAAUGGAAGCUGCAGAGAAAAGACUAUUAACAAGAUACAUAGCUGCCUACAAUGGUGAAGUCUCACACUAUAUCUCCAAAGCUGUCAAUUUUGUGGUCACUUCAAAACAAUGGGAUUCAAACUUUGACCAAGCCAUGUCAGAAAAUCCCAGUCUUAUCUUUGUGAAACCCAAGUGGAUCUAUGCAUGCCAUGAAAAAAACAAGCUCAUGCCAUAUCAGCAUCAUGUCAUUAUUCCCUGACACUUGCUCUACUCCCAAUGUAGAUUGUGGUGUAGUUAUGUCCCUCGUUGCAAUGUAAAUAAUUUCAUGUUUUUAUCUUCUUUUUAGAUAAAUAAACAAUGGUUUAAAAAAAUGA